CUGCAGACGGUGGAUUGGAUAAGGCGGGGGCACAGAAACCUCAUCUUCUUCUUCUUCUUCCUCUUUGGCGAUAACAAAACACAGAAAGAAAGAAGAAAGCAGAACUACAACAACUGCAGAAGAAGGCAAAAGGAAUAAUGGCUUCAGUUUCAGCAAUGUCGUGGUCGCCGUACCUUUCCACUCGAGCCUCCACACCCUGUGCUUCUCUCACAUUCCUCACCGGCUCCACAACUAGGAAGAGCUCCGUGUCUCUCAGCGGUGGCGCCGCCGCCGCGCGUUCCCGGUUGCUUCACUGCUCGUUCAUCUCCUCCUCCUCUAUCGCUUCCACUUCCGCCUUCUCAGGUUUAUCUUUGGGUUUGGAUUUGAGCUCCAGUGUUGGGGUUGAAGAAGAAAGAGGCUCUGGCUUAGUGGUGAGGGCCGGGAAGGCUGCCCUGUGUCUAACCAAGAGAAGUAGGUCCAGGAAAUCCUUGGCUCGAACUCAUGGAUUCCGUAGGCGCAUGAGAACAACCGGCGGGAGAGCAAUGAUGAAGCGCCGACGUGCUAAGGGGCGGAAGGUCCUCUGCACGAAGAGCAAUCCCAGCAGUGGAAAACGUGCCUGAUUGUGCCUUUUUCGUAUUCAGUUUAUUAGGUAAGUGCAGUGGUAUGUAAUGUAAUGUAAUGAUAUCUAACAGCCUAUUCUUGUGAACAAUGGCAGAAUUUCAUACUUAAUUUCUCAUGAUACCUUCUGUGUUGUUCAA